AUGGCUGUUAGAGUUCUGUCACGGGUAUCCUUAUAUGUCCUUGGACUCAUUUUCCUUGCGUCAAUAGUCACUCCUGCAGCGUUGGGUUGCGCAAGAGAGCGUGGCGAGGUCCUCCCCGCUUCCUAUAGGCAUAGCGAAGAGAUGGAUGCGGGAACUUCGGUCUGCAUCUUCAGAGUGAUUCGAUCAAGAGCAGAUCAAUUCGCAUAA